CAAUCUUGCUGCCCAUCUGAGAAAACACUUUCUGGUGGGCACCAGCAGCUGCACUUCUACACCACACAUACAUCUGUAGCUGCCAGACAGAUACAUCCGGGUUCAUGCUCAUGUCUCGAAGAGGCUUGUCCCUCAAAUGUAGCUGCUAUCGAUACUUCUCCACUGCUUCGAGUAUCGCUCCGUCAAAUACAGUCAAGCUAGCCUAUAAGUUGCAUCUACCUCGAAUUCCUUCAGACAAGACAGAUGUCCAGUCUCCGCUGAUCAUCAUGCAUGGCCUUUUUGGUAGCAAGGCCAAUUGGCAGUCGCUCGCUGAAGCUUUUGCGAAUGACCUGGACCGAUCCGUCUAUUGUCUCGACGCACGCAACCAUGGCGAGUCGCCACAUGAUGCCGUACACAACUACGAUGUCAUGGCUGAAGAUGUCAAGGGCUUCAUUCAGGAUCGCAAACUGAAAGAUGCAAUCGUUGUUGGUCAUUCGAUGGGUGCCAAAACGGCAAUGAUACUGGCGAUUCGCUAUCCAGAGCUCGUCAAACUGCUUGUCCCUGUUGACAAUGCACCGAUUGACGCAAUGCUGACAUCCGAAUUCCCGCGAUACGUUCGAGCGAUGCGCGACAUUGAGCUACGAGGCGUCCAGAAGCAAUCCGAGGCAGACGCACUCCUACAAGAAACGGAACAAGACUUGUCUAUACGACAAUUCCUACUGACAAAUCUAGUCAAGCGGAAGCAAGCAGACGGCUCUUCUCGCUUGCAGUUUCGCAUUCCUAUUGGAAUUCUUGCGAAAUCACUUGAUUAUAUGGGCGAUUUCCCUAUUCUGCCUGAUGAAGCACGGUUCGUUAAGCCGACAUGCUUCAUUCGGGGCUCCAAGAGUAAGUACGUUGCAGAUGAAACGAUUCCUUUGAUUGGCAGGUACUUCCCUCGCUUUCAGAUCAAGGAUAUCGACGCCGGCCACUGGGUGCAAGCAGAGAAGCCUGCUGAGUUUAAGCAGGUCCUGGAGACUUUCAUCAGAGAUGAAGAGGAGAAGCUCGGCGAGCAGCGACAAGAGGAGGAUGAUAGAUGAAAAGGAUUGGCCAAUACGCUGAAAAUGUAC